AUGUCAACUUACUUCCCCAAGUCUCUGAAGAAUAAGGCUAAGAGCACAUUUCUGUUUUCGCAAAAUCCCAUCUUUCCUCCCAGCAGGAGGCCUUCGCGAUGGCUGUUCGAGAGCCUCAAGACUCACCCUACCCUCGAUAGGGGCUACCCUGUUUUUGACGUCAUUUUCGACACCCUCAACCAGAAGGCCAGCGGCUUGAGGAAAUAUAAGCCUAAGCCCGUUAGCCUCCAGGUGAAGAGGGACUAUGACCUGAGCAAUCACCACGAGAUGAACCACAGGUUCCGAUUCGAGUUAAACGGCCUGUUUCUCGUCGGAUGGAUCAAGUGUCGACGCAAAUUCGCCAUUGGCCACCUUCAGGGCAACGUUAUCGCUACCACUCAGAUGAAGCGCUGGAUGGAGAUCUGCGGCACCAGCAACGCCAAGUUUUCCCGUGUGUACUUCUACGAUGAAAACUACGCCAUUCCGAAGCUCGAUUACAAUGACCUUACUCUCGUCAAGGACUACCGGAAGCCUCUUAAAAAGAUGCAACAUGAACGCAGCAAUAGACUAAGCAGGUCUAUUAUCUAA